AAGGAAGGAGGGAAAAUAAAUUAUUUUUAUUUGUGUUUAAUAAAACCUGGCCUACAGGCUUUAUGUGAGUCAGUACUGAACAGCUGGGAUUGAUCAUAGGAUCACAAACUGGAAAGCAGUCAUCUGGCUUCUAGAAAUAAACACAUUCAGUUCCUUUUCCACAACUUUAUUUUUUUAAUGACAAACUGCAACAGCCAUUUUAAGUCUUUUUAAUACUUGCAGCCACAGUAUUUUUAACUUCCUAGUAAUUUUUAGUAUCACUUUUUCACAUCGCAGCAUCGGACCACUGUUAAAUUUCAUUGAACCCUGGACUGGCAGUAGCUUUUUGGAUUGCCCUCCACAUACACACAUGUACAAUUAAUUCAUUACUAUUUUGCUUCAAAAUUUUAUGAAACAAUGGUAGUCUUGCAACUCCGAUUUUUGCUAGUUCCAUUCCUCACAAGCAUCAUGGGAGCAGCACAAUAUAUGAUGCAAGACGCAGCACUGAUGAACUACAUUGACCGGCGUCUCCUGUCCUUAGAGAGGCUGGAAAAAUGCAACCAAGACAUACUGGAUUAUGUGGAAGAAUUCCGAGACUUUUCAAAGAUGGUACUGUCACGCCUAGCAGGACUGAACAGUUAUAAGACUGAGGUUAAAAGUGAAGUAGAGAGCUUGCUAACAAGAGUUGAACGGGCACAAAGGGACAUCGACUAUAUUGGAUCUGUCAGAGAUUCUAAUACAUGUAUAGAAGUACAUGAAGACCUGGUGAAACAGCAGCUAUUUGAAGAAGCAGAAGAAAAAAAGAAACUUAAACUCAUGCUUAAUGCAAGUUGUGACCACAUGCUUGCAGGUAUUAAGUCCCUAAAGGUAGUUAAGAAGACUGGAGAUAAGCACGGCUCUUGGAUGAAAGAUUCUGGCAAAAAGCAUGCAAAGAUUUAUUUAUUAAAUGGUUCUGUAAAUAAUGUUAUUUUGGAGUUUGCGAAUAUCAUGGCAUUCAUGGAAAGCAAUCAUACACUAAAAGCUCGCAGAAUCACCUUGCCAUUUCCCUGGGAAGGAACUGGUCACAUUGUAUAUCAGGGUUUCCUGUUCUAUCAUAGACAUGGCUCCUUAAAUGAGAUUAUUAAAUUCAAUAUCCAGAAAAGAAAAAUAACUGACCAAAUGCAACUGCCAGGGGCUGGAAGGAUUCCUGCCUAUCAGCUUUCUCCAUCUACAAAAAUAGAUCUUGCUGUUGAUGAGCAAGGGCUCUGGGCAAUUCACGCAGAACCAGAGACUGGAGGAAACAUUGUAAUUACUAAAAUCAACCACAUAACCAUGUCAGUAGAGCACACAUGGGACACACCAUGCAAUAGCAAGGGUGCUGAAGCAGCUUUUAUGGCGUGCAACACAAUCUAUGUUGUGUACAAUUUUCCCAGUGGAGGCACUUCUCGUGUACAAUGUGUUUAUGAUGUUCUGGAUGCCGUAAACACUUACGAAAUCCCAGUAUUGUAUUUUCCAAAACGUCAGGGUAGCCAUUCUGCUAUACAUUACAAUCCUAAAGAAAAGCAACUCUUUGCCUGGGGUGAUGGAUCCCAGAUCAUUUACAAGCUUCACACAAAGCAAAAAGUUUAGAAUCUUUAGUAUAAUUCCAAACAUACUUAAAACCUACCAGUUGCAUGUCAACAUGGUCGUUAAAGUGUAUUAAAAUUACAUUAUUCCCAUCUGUUAAAACUUUCAUCUAUUUCACAUAAAUUUAGGCUUACAUACCGCAGUUAUCUUAAACUUCUGUGCAAUUAAGGAUAUGUGAAGAAUCCAUUACUAUGAAUUACUCGAUGAUUAAAUAGCACAGAAUGUACAACCACACACAGAAAUUAGUCUUAAAGAUUAAAGUUAAUUUAAAAAAAUAUAAGAAUUCAGCUCUGACAUGUUCUCUUCCUAUCAAAUACAUGUAUUCUUCCUCAGUGCCAUGGAAAUCAAGUCAAAAGUCUUUCCUGCCCAACAUGUAUUACCUGACAACCUUCACUACUAUGAAGAUCACUGUAGAAAGCCCUCUCGUAAACAUUAAAAUCACAUGCUUCUAAGGUUACUAUUUAUAAGUUUUAACAGGCAAUUGUAUUACAAAGCAUAAGAGUACGUACGUGGUUUAUUUUUAAUGAAUAAUUCCUAAUCACUGAACUUCUAGAAUGUUUCCAUGGAAUUUCCACAUUUUUGUUAUCCGUAUAGCUGUACAGUCUACUUUGAUCCUGUUAAUACAUUAGCUACAGUUAAACAUUCAUUUUUAUCAGCUUUAAUUUGACACCUUUCAAUUUCUUUCAGUUUAUCACUUCUCGUGUGUCAGAAGGCGUGUUCAGAGGUGAUCCCUUCUGUACCAUACUCUAUUUUUAAAUGGUUUACAUAUCACUCUUUGAUUUUUCCUUUGUUAUAAGUCUUUCAACAUCUCUUUCAGUGUCUAGUUAUGAAGCACUUUCUCAAAACUUCGAAUCUCUUCCAUUGCUCAUAGUGAGAUCUUAUUGUAUCCUCUGACUCCAGCAAAAUACCUGUACAGAAAAGGUGCCCUGAGGAGCACAACAGUGUGAGUGAGGGCAUGGCGCUGGUCAGUUCUGAGUUUGUGAAUAAUAAACUCCAGGCAAAUAAAAAAAACACAUUGUUGUUUCAAAAAUAAUAUUAACUUUUACUACACUUCUGCUUGUGAAACACAGGUACUUGAUGCAGAUUUCAGAUUUUAAUGACAGCUGCAUUUCUGUUCAAUAACAAAAAAAAUUCACUCCACAAAAAAAAACUAUGCUUGAAAAGCAACUCACAGCUGUUUCUACAUAAAGUCUGUUUUGUUCUUCACACUGAAAGAACUGUUGUUCUGUUUUAAAAUAGCUUCAACAGAACAGCCAGACAUCAGGGAAUUAUUUUGAAAAGGGGUUCCAGCAUACAACUAAGACUGUACAGACUGCUGGAUUGCAAUAGUGCUGCUCAGCUUUUAGCGAAAGAAACUAUAUCAUUCUAAGCACCUUAAAGACUAUAGCAUUACUUCUGUGUUACAGAAGCCAUAGGAAGCACAGUUAAAGACAUUCUCAGGCUGAAAGUAGGGUGAGCUGGCACUGAUUUCCUCUGUGACCAUGGGUCAAAGGCAUAUUCCACUAUUUGGCCUUUAAUUCCUUAUCAGUAAAAUAACAGACAGAGAAAUACAGCACAGUAUUAGCCACCUUUGGAAUGCAUUAAGAUCUUUUACUGCAAAAGGAUUUGUAAUUUUCUAUACUUCACAAAU